UUUGAGAAGACUUUGGGGGUGUAGAGGCAGAAGACUUUGUGAAGGAAAAACGCAACAAUGGCCGACCCUGUAAUUGGUGCUACUGUUCAAGUUUUGCUUGAGAAGCUGCUUUCUCUCACUAGUGAGGAAGUCAAAAGUUUAAGGAACUGCAAGAAAGAUCUCAAAAUGCUGAAAAAAACUCUAACGAUGAUCCAAGCUUUCAUUCAUGAUGCUGAAAGACGACAAGUUGAGGACCAGACUGUGGAAGAAUGGCUCAAGAUGCUUGAGAAAGUUGCCGAAGAUGCUGAAAAUGUGUUUGACGAAUUCAGAUAUGAAUCUCUCAAAGCAGAAGUUAUGAAGAUCCAAAACAAACCGAUGAAAAAGGUCCGUAACUUUGUUUCUAAUACAGUUUUAAAGUGGAAAAUGUCUCGGAAAAUCAACAACAUCAGUGAUGAGUUGAGUGCUAUCAAUAAGUUAGCCAAAGACCUCGGUCUCCAACCCCCAAGAGGUCCUUCUCGCCAAAUAUUACCAGUUCGAGAAACAGAUUCUGUGGUAGUUGCUUCUGAUGUUGUUGGUAGAGACAAAGAUGUUUCUGAAAUAAAGGAGAAGAUGUUGAACAUGAGAGAGGAUGUUGUUCUGUGCACCAUUCCCAUAGUGGGUAUGGGAGGCUCAGGGAAAACAACUGUCGCUAAGAUAAUUUUUAAUGAUGAACAGAUCAAGCAACAUUUUGAAAAGAGAGUUUGGUUGUGUCUACCUGAAAUGUUAGAAACUAAGAGCUUUCUUGAAUUGAUGCUCGAAUCAUUGACAGAAAGGAAACUUGAGGUCCAAAGUAGGGAUAUUAUAGUCAAGAAGCUGCAAGAUGAAUUGGGAGGAAAAAGGUAUUUGCUUGUCCUGGAUGAUUUGUGGCGUGUUGACCCUACAAUAUUGUGGCACGAUUUCUUGGACACCUUGAAAGGAAUAAAUACAUUCAGAGGAAACUGCAUUCUUGUGACUACUCGUAGGGAUCAGGUGGCAUCCUCUGUAGCAGCAGAUCCUCAUACGUUGAAAAAAUUAACAGAUGAUCAUUGUUGGUCCAUUUUCAAACAAAGAGCAUUUGUUGAUGGGGAGGUUACAGAGGAAUUAGUGAGCAUGGGCAACAGGAUUGUUGAAAUGUGUAAAGGUCUACCAUUGGCAGCAAGUGUGUUGGGAGGCCUCUUACGCAACAAAGAAAAACAUGAAUGGCAGACAAUUCUUGAGGGCAAUCCCCUUGUUGCAGGUGAAGAUGAUAGUGGGCAAAGUAGCUUGAAGAAAAUACUAAAACUCAGCUAUUUUUAUCUACCAUCUCCACAUCUGAAAAAGUGUUUUGCCUACUUUGCAAUGUUUCCAAAAGAUUUUGAGUUUGAAAAGGACCAACUAAUCCAACUCUGGAUGGCAGAAGGCUUUCUUCGUCCAUGUCAAAAGACCACUGUGAUGGAAGACGUUGGUAACAAGUUUUUUGAACUUUUGUUGGAAAAUUCCUUGCUGCAAGAUGUUAAGCUAGAUGAGCACAACAAUAUAACACACUGUAAGAUGCAUGAUCUUGUGCAUGAUUUGGCUGAAGAUAUUUUAAAAUCUAAACUAUUUGAUGGUGGAGAUAAUCUUUCUCAAGUUCGAUACUUUGGAUGGAACUCACCAAGAGAUCAAAUAGAGAAGAUUAAUGAGCCUGGACGUUUAUGCACGUUGUUCUGGAAAAGCAGUGAUAUGUCUGAAGAUAUGCUAUUGAGCUUUCAGUUCUUGAGAGUUUUAAAUUUGUCCCAGUCAGGCAUCAAGGAGUUGUCAGCCUCAAUCGGCAAGCUAAUAUACUUGAGAUAUCUUGAUCUCUCUAGGACUAGUAUCGAUGCCUUACCCAACUCCAUUUGCAAGCUCUACAAUUUGCAAACGCUUAGAGUCAAUAACUGCAAUAUCCUCAAUGGGUUUCCAGAUGAGAUGGAACACAUGAUAAGUUUGCGACACAUAUAUUACAACUCUUAUCGCUUUCAGAUACUUAACAUGGGUAAAUUGACUUGUCUUCAAACGCUACAACAUUUCAAGGUAGGUUUAGAGAAAGGUCGUGGGAUAGAAGAAUUAGGCCAUCUGAAAAACCUUAGAGGUGAAUUGACGAUCAACGGUCUGCAGUUGGUCCGUAAUAGAGAAGAAGCUGGAAGAGCAUACCUAAAGGAGAAACCAAAUAUCUACAAGCUGGCAUAUUUUUGGUCCAAUCGUGGAUGUGAAAUCAAUGAUGAGUAUGUUUUGGAUGGUCUUCAACCGCAUCCUAACUUGAAAACCUUAGAGGUAGUUGACUACUUGGGGACUCGAUUUCCUUCAUGGUUCAAUGGAGAAUUUCUACCAAAUUUGGUCAAGUUGAAAUUAAUUGGUUGCAGAAAGUGCAUAGAAAUUCCAUCACUUGGCCAACUAAAACUCCUUCGGCAUCUUGAGCUGGUCGGGUUCGAUAAGAUGGAAUGCAUUGGACCUGCAUUUUAUGGUGUUGAUGUUAACUAUAAUGGAUCGAGCAGCAAUAACGCCAAUAUCCAAGUGUUCCCGUUACUCAAAGAACUGGUAUUGAAGCAUAUGCCUAGCCUCAUUGAGUGGAAGGGAGUGGAAUUGAUGCCAACAAGAGAUGGUGGUCGAGACAGAGUUGUAGUAAGAAUGUUUCCUGCGCUUGAGAAGUUGAGCAUUAGCAAUUGUCGGCGGUUAAAAAGUACUCCAAAUCAAUUUGAAGUCCUACGUGAAUUAAGCAUUGAAGUAGUUGACAGUGAAAUGCCAUUGUUGACCUUGUGCAGCAACUUGACAUCUCUCGUAGAGCUUACUGUCUAUGAUGUGAAAGAGCUCACUUGUCUUCCAGAUGAGAUGCUACGCAACAAUAUUUCUCUUCAGCAUCUAUCCGUCUUAAAAUGCGGAGAGUUUCGUGAAUUGCCACAAAGUAUGUACAAUCUCCAGUCUCUUAAGAGCUUAAAGAUUAGAUUCUGCAAUAUCAGUUCCGUUCCUGUUCCCAGUGGAGAGAAUCAUUUGACUUCCCUCCGAAGUCUUGAUUUUUACAGUUGUGAUAGAUUGACCAGUUUACCAAGUGAAAUGCUAGAGCAUUGUCGGUCUCUGGAAUUUUUGUCGGUCAGCUGCUGUAACAACUUAGUUUCCUUGCCUUUACAUGAGUGGGAAAUGCCUUCACUUUCAUAUUUAGAUAUAUCAGAAUGUCCCAAGAUGAAUAGUAUACCCGCAGGGGGCCUUCACCGUCUCACUGGGUUAAGGGAAUUGACCAUAGGUCUUUUCUCAGAGUUGGUAGAUUUCGAGGCAUUCCAGUUGAUGUUCAAUGGCAUUCAGCAGCUAUCGUCCCUUCGUACAUUCUGGGUGUACGGACGUGCGAACUGGGAUUCUCUGCCCUAUCAGUUUAUGCAACUCUCUGCCCUAACAAGGAUGGUAAUAUUUAAUUUCGGAAUCGAGUCCCUUCCUCAGAACCUUGACAACCUUAUUUCUCUUGAAAGUUUAGAGCUAUGGAGCUCCGAAAGGCUACAACGUGUGGACUUCUCAGGUGUCAUGCCCAAAUUACGGAGACUGGAGAUCCAUAAUUGUCCAUUGUUAGAAGCUCUGUCGGGUCGGGUCGUCAACCUUGUUUCUUUGGAAGCGUUAUAUUUAUCAAACUGCAAAAAGCUACAGCAUCUGCCAUCCGGAGAUGACAUGCGACGCCUCACCAAGUUACGGUGCCUGAGAAUUGAAGCUUGCCCACAGUUAGAAGAAAGUUGCACCAAUCGGAGUGGCCCAAACUCCCAAUGGUCCAAUAUUUCCCAUAUUCCAGAAAUUUACAUUAGGGGGAGAACCAUUCCAAUCUUACGUGACUAGAUCAAAUAUCAUGCUACAAGGUUGCUCUAGCAGUCUCUCCUGAGCAUGGAAUCUGUGGUGGGUUGUCUAAUUUGUGGUGCGCUUUGGUCUGAAUUUUGCUGAGGACAGAAUCUUUGCCUUGUAGAAUCUCUCAAAUGAAAGGAACAAUCUCGUCUCUUUAUGGCUCAAAGAGCUCCAUAUUCAUGGUUGAAACAACAUCAUGGACUUUGUCAAAAUGGUAGACUGGAAAAGACCUCUCUUAGAUGUGAUUCAGUGUCAUGAUUGGGAAGGGAAACUGCAUUUCUUAUAGGGUGCGGCCCUUCCUUGGAUCCUGUGCGAACGCGAGAUGCUUUGUGCACCGGGCUGUUUUUUUUUUUAAUUUGCACUUGGCUGAAGCUGGAUCAGAGACAUUAUUUCUUUGUAUGAGGAAAAUCCUGGACUAAGAUUUAACAUCAGAGGCCUUUCCCGCACAGUGUACAUGCUACACCUGCCUCUUCUUAUAAACAGAAAUUUUUGUCUCCACCAAACAGUUUAAACUUUUAGCACUUAUUUACUCACUUCAGAACGCCAUUUCACUCUUUGAUUGAUUCGAUGAGCUGAUCUUUGAUUCCUAUGACGAAACGGCAAAGGUGAUGAUGUGCAGUUGUGUUAACUUUGGUGCUUUUUUGGGUAUGUGAAAAGGAAAAGGAAGUGGAUUUAGGUUAAUUUGAUAAUCAACUUGAUUAUUUUCAA